AUGGCCACCAGUGGGGCCGAGGAGGGAGCAGGCAGGACAGGCAAGGGCGAAGGCGAGGGCGAGGGUGCGAACGAGGACACGGACUCAAGAAUUGCAAAGCUGCUGGCGUGGGCGCGCGCAAGGCACCUGUGGAUCCACGAUGGCAUAGCGAUCCGACGAGCUCAGGAGGGCGACGAGGACGAGAGCACGGGCUUUGGUGUCUUUGUCCGGCCAGGCCACACGAUCGAGGAGCGGCAAGUGUUGACGCUUGUGCCAAAGAGCGCGAUCCUGUCGGCGAGGACGACGACGCUUGCGCCCCACCUGCCACCGGCUAUCCUCUUCCACCCGGACUCGUCGUCGGGCCUGCUGCUGUCGCUCAUCGUCCUGCAUGAGCUCCUCGUUGGUGCUCAGGGGCCCUGGUGGGGCUUCAUCCAGUCGUUUCCCCGCCUCCGGGGUGGAGACAACAGCGGCAGAGACGGCCAUCGGUGGGGCAUCCCGCUGCCGCUGGCGUGGGCGCGCGAGAGCAGCCAGUGGGCCUGGCUGCGGGGCACCGAAGCCGGCCGUAUCGUCGAGAGGGCAGAGAGAGACCCCGCAAGACUGAUCGAGGGCCUAGGCAUAAGCCUGCCCCGCCUCGAGGCCUACUUCCACCGCACUGUGCUGCCGCUCCUCGCGCCGCUGCACCCGGGUGUGCGCAUCGGCCUCGACGACUUUGUCGGCGCACACUCGCUCGUCAGCAGCCGCUCCUUUGUCGUCGAUAUGUACCACAACACGGCCCUGGUGCCGCUGUCGGACAUGUUCAACCACGCCGAGCAGGCCAACAUCCACUUUGAGGCCGACGACGACGUGUGCGACGAGUGCGGCGCCCUGGGUGCCUGUCCGCACUGCGACGACCCCCUCACGGCCGCCGACUACGGCCGGGCGUCGGCGAUGCUCCCGGCCGAGUCUGGGCCCAACUCGGUGGGCUGGCAGCCACCCAUCGACGCGCUCCGGGGCGUCGACACGGUCGACAUGGUCGCCCAGUCGCACGUUGGGCCUGCCGACGAGGCCUUCAACUCGUACGGGAUGCUGAGCAACGCCGCGUUGCUCACCACGUAUGGCUUCUGCCUCGAGGACGAGACGGCGUUUGAGCGGUAUGGGUGGGAGUGGCGUGAUGCACACGAGCGGGCCGAGCUUGUCGAUGCGCUUGGCCUGCCUGGUGGCUCGACUGUGCAGGAUAGGAAGGCAGUGAAGAGAUCGCACAUUCCUACCGCACGCGAGGACGAGCAGGGCAGCAGCAAGCGUGCACGAGGAGCGGCAAGCCACGACGGAGAGGAGACGAACAGAGUCGAAGAGAAGGAGAGGAGUGAGACGGGCAAGAGAGACACCAAUGGUACCGACGAGGGGAGAAGAGGGGCAAGAGAAGAAGGCAAACAGGAAGCUGUGGAGGACUUUGGGGCGAGGAAGGAGUGGGCGAUGCUGUGCGCCCAGUACGCCGACCGGCCCCUAUCGAUGUUUGCCGAGCUAUACCAGGACCCAGUACAGGUCCUCGUCGCCGCGCAGACGGCUGAGGGAGAUGACGUCCCCCUGCUGAGGCUCCCCCACCCGUCUCCCUUUGCCCUCCUGGCCAGCGAGCCCGUCGCCUUGCCUGCCACUGAGCAGUCGCCCGACCAUGGCAGCGUCCUCACAGAGGAGCUCCUGGCUGCGCCGGGCACGUUCGACGGCUGCAAGGACGCCACGCAGCCCCUCUUCAUCGACGAGACCGGCCGCGUGAGUCUAGGCCUCUGGCGCGCGGCGCUUCUGUCUGUCUGCCUCUCGGCGUCGCUCUCCUCGGCGAGUCAGCACGGCAUCAGGCAGCUCGUUGCGCGCAUCGAGUCCACCUGCGACGAGACCAGCGACGAGCCCCGGCGGGCGGCAGAGGACGACGCGCGGCUCUUUCGCAAAGCACUCGACAGGCUCAGCGCCCUCGUGAGCCACCGCAGAGCACGCAUGCACAUCUGCGCCAACCAGGAAGAGGCACUCGACAUCAUCGAGGAAAAGGGGAGCGAGCUGAGGAGCGCGGCGCUGCAUGCCUUUCAGGAGUUCAAGGCCCUGGGUGCCUGCCUCGAUCGUAUCAGGGACCUGACAGACAUGGCCGGCCAGACGACUUCACAAUAG